CCGCCGCCGCCGCGCGCUCCAUGCCCGCACUCCGCUCCCUGCCGCCUCGAGCCAUGGCCGCCGCCUUCGACUACCUGGUGCUGGGAGGCGGCUCGGGCGGGCUGGCGAGCGCGCGGCGCGCGGCCGAGCUCGGGGCCCGCGUGGCUGUCGUGGAGCAUCAGCGCUUGGGGGGCACCUGCGUGAAUGUUGGAUGUGUACCAAAAAAGGUGAUGUGGAACACAGCUGUCCACUUUGAAUUCAUCCAUGAUCAUGCUGAUUAUGGCUUUGAAACCCCCGAUGUUAAGUUUAAUUGGCGAGUGAUUAAAGAAAAGCGUGAUGCUUAUGUGAGCCGCCUGAAUGGGAUCUAUCAAAAUAACUUAAACAAGGCUCACAUAGAAACCAUUCAUGGCCAUGCAGCUUUUACAUCUGAUCCUGAGCCUACGGUAGAAGUCAAUGGUAAAAAAUAUACAGCUCCCCACAUCCUUAUAGCUACAGGUGGGCGACCAUCAAUUACCCAUGACAGUGAAAUCCCUGGUGCCAGCUUGGGAAUCACCAGUGAUGGGUUUUUUGAACUUGAAGAAUUGCCCAGGCGCACUGUUGUUGUUGGUGCUGGAUACAUUGCUGUGGAGAUAGCCGGAAUCCUUUCCACACUAGGAUCAAAGACAUCCUUACUGAUACGUUAUGACAAGGUGUUAAGGACUUUUGAUUCAAUGAUCAGCGCAAACUGUACUCAGGAACUGGAGAAUGCUGGCAUAGAAGUCUGGAAGCAUUCACUGGUCAAGUCGGUUACAAAAUCUCCUCUUGGAUUGUUGGAGGUAACGGUAAUGUCCACUGCGCCUGGUCACAAACCCACAGUUAGCACAAUCCCGGAUGUUGACUGUCUGCUGUGGGCCACUGGACGAGAUCCAAACACUGAGGGGCUUAAUCUAGACAAACUGGGUCUUAAGUUAGACGCUAAAGGUCACAUUGUAGUGGAUGAGUUCCAGAACACCAGCAGGAAAGGGAUCUACGCUGUCGGGGAUGUAUGUGGAAAAGCACUCCUGACCCCAGUUGCAAUAGCAGCUGGAAGGAAACUGGCACACAGACUGUUUGACGGCAAGCAGGAUUCCAAACUCGACUACAGCAACAUUCCUACCGUGGUCUUCAGCCACCCGCCAAUCGGAACGGUGGGACUCACGGAAGAGGAAGCCAUUUCUACAUAUGGAAGAGAGAAUGUGAAGAUCUACACCACCUCUUUUACCCCCAUGUAUCACGCUGUAACUCAAAGGAAAACUAAGUGUGUCAUGAAACUGGUUUGUGCCGGCAAAGAAGAGAAGGUGGUGGGACUACACAUGCAGGGCCUAGGAUGCGACGAAAUGCUGCAAGGUUUCGCUGUAGCAGUCAAAAUGGGAGCAACAAAGGCCAGCUUUGAUGAGACGGUUGCCAUUCACCCAACUUCAUCAGAAGAGCUGGUCACGCUCCGUUGAAAGGUGGUGAAUUUCUGGUGCUUGCAAACAGAUCUGUAAUGUGGCAGCCAAAAAACUAGACUUGCCGAAUCAUGAUUUUUCUUCUUGGUGCCACUUUUGCAAACUUCCUUUUCUAUGACACUCCAGAUAAUAAUCAGAUUCUUCUGUUUUUGUAAUCUAUGAAUAUAUGUAGAAAAAAACAUAGAGAUGUCCAAAAAACCAGUUCAUCUCAUCCAAACAGCUUGGUUUCUUGAAGCGUCAAUUGGUUUAGAGUGAAAAAUAAACAAAAUGGUUUAAAAUC